AUGUCGAAGGAGACAGAGUACUACGACGCUCUCGGUGUCUGCCCCACAGCCUCCGACGAUGAGAUCCGCAAGGCCUACUACGUCAAGGCGAGACAGGUGCAUCCUGACAAGAACCCCAAUGAUCCGCAAGCGGCUGAGAAGUUUCAGGCUCUUGGAGAGGCCUACCAGGUCCUGAGUGACCCUUUGCAGAGGAAGGCCUACGAUGGGUAUGGCAAGACAAGCAUAUCCAAGGACAACAUUCUGGAUGGUGCUGUGCUGUUCACCCUUCUGUUCGGGAGUGAGCUGUUCGAGAACUACGUUGGACAUCUUGCAAUGGCAACAAUGGCUUCCUCAGAGAUGGCCAGUGGCGACAAUGACAAUCCCGAGAAGCUCCAGGAUAGACUGAAGGGUGUGCAAAGGGAACGAGAAGAGAAGCUAGCUAGAUUCCUCAAGGAGUUCCUCUCGCAAUAUGUUCGGGGUGACACCGAAGGAUUCGCUCAACGUGCCGAAUCUGAGGCAAAGAGGCUCUCCAGCACUUCAUCUGCACUAGACAUUCUUCGCACCAUCGGGUACGUUUACUCUCGACAGGCUGCCAAGGAGCUAGGCAAGAAGGCUAUGUACCUUGGAGUUCCAUUCCUGACAGAGUGGGUGAGGAACAAGGGCCACCUCUGGAAGUCACAGAUCACAGCAGCGAAAGGAGCCCUGCAGUUGCUGCAGUUGCAAGAGGAGGCAUGCCGGCAGAGUGCUAAGGAUGGCGGCGCUGCUACCGAGAAGGACGUCGACUUGCAGAUGAGGAUGAACAAGGACCUGAUGAUGAGUUCAAUUUGGAAGCUGAACGUUGUGGAUAUUGAAGUGACCCUCUUACAUGUCUGCGAAAUGGUGCUGAAUGAAAAUAAUGUCAAGAAAGAGGAUCUCAAGACCCGUGCAAUUGCCUUAAAAAUCCUAGGAAAAGUAUUUCAGAGGGAAAAGGAGGCAUUACCAGGGCCAUCAAAGCCAACCAUUCUCGAUGAUGACAGCAGCUCAGAUGAAAGUUCAGACGAGGACGUAUCAAGAACAGUGACAUAUCGCACUCCUGCAAUUACUCAGGGAAUUGGCAGGCUAUUUAGAUGUUUAUGCAACCCAGCAUAUGAUGUUGACGAUGACUUCGAGCCCCGUAAAUGAGUGAUUGAGAAGCAUAGAUACUGCAAAUCCAUUUCAAAGCUCCCUGAGUUAAUGCGAGAUAUAUGCUUCAGAUCAGCUUUGAACGUGCACCAUGAUCCUUCAAUUAUCUGCAGGGGCAUACAUGUAUAUGCUGCUUCAGCACCGGUGAUCAGAUCGACAAUCCAAACUUUAGAUUACCUCCUUUAACAUCCCACGAACAGUAGUUUCUUAUUUUUAUUUUUUGAACUAGAUCAUAUCGUUUGUGCCGUGCUUUCUGUAAUUGUCCAGUUUUGGCGUUUCUAAAGAAAAUUACAAAGAAGUCCA